AUGACUGAGAACGAGCAGAAGGAGGAUUGGUUCCUGAAGAUCAACCCCAAUGGCCGCAUCCCCGCCCUCACAGAUACCCUAGACGGCAAGCAGAUCCGCGUCUUUGAGAGCGGUGCUAUUCUGGAGUACCUCGUUGAUCGCUACGACAAGGACCACAAGCUCUCUUUCCCUCACGGCUCUGCUGAGCAUUGGGAGGUGAUUAGCUGGCUCAUGUGGCAGAUGGGUGGCCUGGGUCCCAUGCAGGGACAAGCCAACCAUUUCAAGCGCUACGCUCCUGAGAAGAUUGAGUAUGGCAUCAACCGCUACACCAACGAGACCCGCCGUCUCUACCGCACUCUCGACACCCACCUUGGCGAGACAUUAUCCGGCUACAUCGUUGGCGACAAGGUGACCAUUGCCGAUGUUUCCAUCUGGGGCUGGGUAGCCAGUGCCAAGUGGGCUGGCGUAGACCUCUCUGAGUUCCCUCACCUGGAAAAGUGGCUCUACAAGCUUCUCGAGCGUCCUGGCUUCGAGGCUGGUCGUCACGUCCCGACGCAUCAUGCUGCGUUUGAGGUAUCUAAGCUGAGCGAGGAGGAGCUUGAGAAGAAGGCCGAGGCAUCAAGAGGCUGGGUCCAGGCUGGUAUGAAGGCUGAUGCGAAGAAGUAA